AGAAGACUGCCCUGAACUUAUUCCUAUUGAAAAAGAAAUCCAAGUCCAACCUGGUCAAAUACCCGUCACUAUAAUUACUGGUUAUUUAGUUUCCUCCUUUUAGUGAUUUAAAUGGAUGUAUUAAAUUUCAAGGAAAGACUGAAAAAACAGUACAAGUCUACCAUCACUAAUCCAGCUACCGAUGAUCUGGUUCCACACUAAUAUGGACAUAAUUUCUGCAAGCAUAAUUUCAAAUUUGCCAGGAGCUGGAAAAACAACACUGUUAAAUUAUAUUUUAACAGAACAGCACAACAAGAGAAUUGCAGUCAUCCUAAAUGAGUUUGGAGAAGGUAGUGCUCUUGAAAAGUCUUUAGCAGUAAGUCAAGAUGGUGAACUUUAUGAAGAAUGGCUUGAACUCAGAAAUGGUUGUCUUUGCUGCUCUGUAAAGAAUAAUGGCCUAAAAGCUAUUGAAAACUUAAUGCAGAAAAAGGGAAAAUUUGACUAUAUUUUGUUGGAAACCACUGGACUUGCUGAUCCAGGUGCUGUAGCUUCCAUGUUCUGGGUUGAUGCUGAACUAGGGACUGAUAUUUACCUGGAUGGUAUUAUAACCAUCGUAGAUGCAAAAUAUGGUAUUCAGCAUUUAACAGAAGAAAAGGAAGAAGGACUUGUUAAUGAAGCAGCAAGGCAGGCUGCCUUGGCCGAUCUUAUUAUCAUCAAUAAAACAGAUUUAGUAGAUCAGGACGAAAUUAAUCACCUUAAAGAAGUUGUGAGUUCAAUAAAUGGAUGUGUCCGAAUUACAGAAACUAAGAAGUCAAGGGUUAACCUGUCAGAUGUUCUGGAUUUACAUGCAUUUGGCGGCAAAGCAUCAACAAGGCUUUUUGAACAUUUUAAUAGUUCUGGAGAAACACAUCUAGACAAGGCAAUUACCACUGUUACCUUUGAUGUACAAGGAAAUGUUUCUGAAGAAAACCUAAAUGCUUACAUUCAGAAUCUUUUGUGGGAGAAGAACAUUGAAGACAAAACAGGUGCUCCCAUGAACAUCAUAAGACUGAAGGGAAUUGUAUCGGUGAAUGGUAAAUCUCACAAGAUAAUGAUCCAGGGUGUUCAUGAGCUGUAUGACUUGGAGGAAACACCAGAAACAUGGAAGCUAGGAGAACAAAGAAUCAACAGAUUGAUAUUCAUCGGUAAAAAUCUGGAUAAAAAAAUACUGGAAGAUCUGUUUACUGCAACAGUUAUUACUGAAAGAAUGUGAUAAAUUAAGCCAACUCUUUUCAAUUGCUACAACGACUGCUAAAUAUUUAUGUACAAAAGAAUACUAGUUUAAAAACAUUUGAUGAAAUGUUUGUUGCUAGGAAAGACGCAAAAUGUAAGUUAUUUUCCAAAUAUUGUAUAGAGCACAUGAAUUUAUUUGAAUACUUUUUUUCAGUCUUGGCACUGAACAUGUAUUGACAUCAACUUAAUUUAGUUAAGAAUUCAGGUGAGAACAAACACAAUUUUAAUAAAUAAAUCAUCUUGAGCAUAGAAACGGCUUACUGGUAAUGACUUGGGGAUAAAUUAAGUAUUGUAUCAUCUGGUUAUUUUUCUAAGCUUAUUAAAGUAUAUUGUUAAGCCAAGUGUAUUCUUAAGUUCAGAAUGGAUUGUAAAUGUAUUCAGAUACAGAAACACAGAAGUAUGAAAGGAUGAUUAGCAUAGUCACUGCCAAACUAACAAGGCAGCAAUUAAAAAUAAGCUACUGCUAAGGCGGUUAAAUGAAAUAAUCCAUAUAACACUAUUAAUUUAUUUUUGCCACUAUACACUCACACACACAUUUACUUUACAGAUACAACAGUAUAAAACUAACAACGUUUUUUAAAGUCUGAAUUUCCACCUGUCUAUCUGGUUUCCAUUUUUUCAUUACGGGAUCCCAUGAGUCUUUUCCAAUACAACUGGCGCAAGGCAGGAACCAGGUCUAGACAGGACGCAACUCGCUUCUAAGUAUCUAUCUGUCAGUAUGGCCGGUUUCCAUUUUUCCAUACGGAGCAUCAUGUGAAACCAGCAUAAAUGCUUUUGAAACAUGAUGUCUUAAGAAGUGAUGGACAGUUUAAUUUUAUUUUUUUUUAUCUAACGUUGCAGUUGUUAAAGGCCGCUACCUCACGGCGCCAGACUGCUUUCCUAUUACUGUCUGCGUGGAGUGCGUUUUCAUAGAACACAAGCGUAUGCUUUCAAAAUGUGCAUGUUCGACCCGAUACGAAGAUGUUUUUGCGUGUUUCUUCAACGCCGGAAUGAAUCCCGCGUUUGCGUACUGGCUUACAUUGGAUGCUGUUCAUUUAAACUACGAUUCUCUGCUACUUCUUCGCCUUUAAAAAUAAACGAAUUAAAUAUGCGCAGUGUUUGUAGGUGCAGUUCAACGCCGUGGGUGACUGUACUACAAAUUCGAAGAGUAGCAAACCUUCAUUAUCUUAAAACUGAAUGUCUUAAAUUUAACGUUGCGAUGUAUACUCAUUUUAAUAACCGACAUUUUAAAGAUUAUACAUGGUAUUCGUUGACGCUUUAUAAUCAUCACAUUAUUGUUUUAGGUAAAAAUACUAUUUUGCUUUAUAUCAUUCCCUUUCCAUGGUUAAUAUGUUAGAUUAUAUUACAAAUCCGAGAUAGUAAAGGACAAAAGCCCCAUUACUUUGACAAUCAAAUCAUUUGGUAGCAUGCCGUUGUUUAAGCAACCCAUCCUGGAUAUGUUAACUAACACCUGUUUAGUAAGUGCAAGAUUUCACAAACGCACGGUUUAUUUUCUCACAAUGGAAAGGGCCAUUAAAUUGGGAAGAUUACUUGUGCGUUGUUUGCACUGGCUGAAUUCGAUGGAUUCUCCUCUGGGUGCCUUUCUCAUUCAAACAUUUCAGGAAGUCCUAACGCUUGGGACGUGUCGAGGUAAUUGGCCUGCGAUGGGGGUCCGAUAUGCAAUUGAAAGCAUUGUUUUAGAAAACUGCAACUUCAGCAUUAAAAUGGAAACAGGAUGGUGUUUAACAUGAUUAUCAUUAUCUUAAAAAAACUCACUUCAUUUUAACAGACGAGCCUCACAGUAAAUCAAUUCCAGCAUACUAGACUAAAAGUAGGUAAAUCAUAAAUCAUUUAUUGGUAUCUCAGUGCUGUCUUAAUCUCUGUUUUACCUGCCUCUAUUGUAUUAGUAUAGUGUAACAAAUAAAUUGGAGGGACGGUUUAGUUCGGGAGUCCGUACAAGCACUAACCCAAUGCACUGAACCCUAUGCCGGUUCACAAUUCUAUGUAGUUAUUACACUUGGGGGAAAAAAAACUAAAGACGGCAAAGCAUCUGAUAUGAAUUAAAUACAUUAUGCUUGAUAAAGUAAACGUCUGCCAUUCACGCUGAAUCAUUAGCUGUACACCUGAAACUGCAGAAGCGACACUCCGGAACAAGCAAUUGUAACUUCUUAACAGAACAGAUAGACACUGCAUCAGCAGAAAAGAUUGUACAUAUAUUUAAUAGCUUAAAACGUGAAUGAUGUACAUGAUUUCUUCCCACUAAAACAUAAUUGUCUUUUGGAAACGACAUUUUACGCAUUUGUGAUGUUUUAAAAAUUAAAGAAAAUCAUGAGCCUAAUAUUAGGCAAUGGGCA